AUGUACAACGGUAGCGGUACCUUAAUUGGUAAUAAUAAGAAACAGCGUCCCACAACCGGAUAUCUGGUUAGACCGAGAUUGGGUGCACUCAGGUCUAUUUAUUCCAACAGGCCUUUUUCAGCAAUGUCGCCAGAAAAAAGAAAGAAAUUGAAAAAAUCGGCUCUCCCAAAAAUGGAAUGGAGAAGAAAACCCGAUUAUGCGGAAACGGCUUAUCGCGAGGCCGUUGGUCGUCUCCGAAUUCUUCUCGCAGAGAGUUACACUCCAAUCAAAAGACCUUUGAAAGAAUUGGACAGCGCUGGCGAAGAAACUGAUAAUCAAUCUUUAAUGAGCGGUGGAAGCAGAAAUUCCAGAUUGAGCAGACAUUAUUAUCACUACAAUCCUGCGCCUCCUAGAAAGUAUUAUUAUUAUCCAACGUUAAAGACUCAUUAUCCUUUGAGCACAGAUACUGAAAAAAAUUUGGAUCCACCGAAAUUAGAAAACAAUGCUCCACCAGAGCUGAUGUCUUUCAUAGAACGCCAAGAAGAAUAUAUUGAGCAACUUGAAAAGGAAUCUAGAUUCUGUCGGGAAGAAUUAUCUUCACUACUGAGCAAAGUUAAAGAUGUCAUCAGUGAAAACGAAAAUCUACACGAGAAACAAAAGUCCAAAUUGAUUAAAUCAGUGUUUGAUCAUUUGGACACUGAAACUGAAACAGAAACUGACAUUGAAAACAGAAAUAUUUUGAAAUCUCCAAAAAAGACAAGAAAAACGAAAAUAAUUGAAGGGCCUUCGAUUGUUUUCGAAUCCAGAAUAUCAGAAUUAGAAGGUCAGUUGACUCAAUUGAAAAUAGAACUUAAAAAAGCGCAGGACGAAAAUGAAUUGUACAAAAGGAAAAUUAACGAUGGAACUAUUAUGGAUACUUUCGGUUAUGAAUCUUACAAAAAACAAUUAGAAAACGUUCAAAGAGAAAAAGAAAAUUUGCAAGAUACUGUUCACAAAUUACAAAACGCAUUAAGUCUCCUACGAGAAAAAGAGACCGAUACAACAGAUAAAGUCAAAAGAAGUUUAGACGUUGCAGAACAAGCUCAAUACGAGAAAAACGCAGCUGAAGCUGAAAUUCGACGACUGAAAGAUGAACUAGAAAGACAACAUAUGAAGCUCAGAGAUGCUAUUGCAGAACAGGGUAGAAGAAUAACGGAUGAAAGAUCAGCCGUUGAAAGAAGGUAUACCCAACAAAUCGAGCAACUAACGGCUGAAUUGGGAGUCCAGUGGGAAAGUACGAACAAGUUGCAAUUGGAAUUGGACAAACAAAGAAGAGAAAAUUCGGAUUUGCGAAGAGAUGUCGCUCAGAAGCAAGCACUCAUUGAUGAACUACGUAAAGAUAUGCAAAAUAAAAUCAUUAACUUACAGUCCGACAUCGGUGUAAGUGGUGCAGAAAAAAGUGCUCUAGAACAACAAAUCGCUACCUUACAAAUGGCGAACGAAAGAAGCGAACGUCAGUUCAAGCAAGAGAUAGUACGUUUGCAGGCUGAGCUCCAAUCAUUAAGACAAAGAUUGGACAGAGCUGACGCUGAUCUCAUACAUAGCAGAAGGGAAAAUAUCAGAUUGUCAGAACAAAUAGCGUCUCUAGAAAAAGAGAUUGCUUUGAAUACAGCUUUAUCGGAAGAGAGAAAUAACACUCCUAGAACCCCAAGAGGUGGUGAAAUUGUUGCAUUACCCCCACCAACUCCGAAAAUGGAAGACAGAGAAAAGGAGUUGAGCUCAUUGAUACACGAUAUGGAAAACAAACAUGCGGCUACUGUAACCGAAUUAGAAGGCAUGAUCUACUCCCAGAAUCAACUCAUGGAAAAAUUGUCCUCCGAGUGUCAGGCUCUUACUCAAAAACUGGAAGAUACGACUAUAAAACAUAAGGAGGAAAUACGGGAACUACAAACUAACCUAGAAUACUUAAGAAAUAAGUUUAGUCAGUCUUAUUAUUCAACGUCUAAUUCUAAAGAUGAACAUCAUACUCCAACAAGCGUUGAAAGAUCUCCACAACUACGAAAUCCUCAACAAACAGUUAACUCCCCGCCACCGCCAACCAAACCAACUGAACCUGUUGAAACAACAACAACAACAGAGACGCCACAAAAAUCUUCCCCGACCAAUAUGAAUACUUCCAAUAAGAAUCCCACGAUAAUUUCGUCUAGACAAAACAGUCAAGAUGAAAUACAAGUACAAACAAAUCAAGAACAUUCAGAACCAGCUUACGAGUACCCAACUGAAGGUUCAGAAAAUCAGUUUCAGUAUGAUCCAAAUCAACAGUACGACCCGAAUCAAUACGAUACUACUCAAUACGAUCCCAAUCAACAGUACGAUCUCAAUCAACAGUACGAUCCUAACCAACAGUAUGAUCCUAACCAACAGUAUGAUCCUAAUCAACAGUAUGAUCCUAAUCAACAAUAUGAUCCUAAUGAACAAUACGAUCCGAAUCAAUAUGAUCAACAUUAUGAUCCUAAUUUGCAAUACGAUCCUAAUCAGCAAUAUGAAAUAGAUCCAAACGAUCCCAACCAGCACUAUAUCGAUCCUAAUUCACAAAAGACAAUUAGUACUGACGAAACAGUUGAAGGUGAAGGCAGUAAAUAA